UGUUUAUUAACAAAAAUGUACGCUGAAGAAGAUCAGUAUGAAGAUGAAGAUGCAGAGGAAAUCUCAUCUAAACUGUGGCAAGAGGCCUGCUGGAUUGUUAUUAAUGCUUACUUUGAUGAAAAAGGUUUGGUACGACAGCAACUCGACAGUUUCGAUGAAUUUAUCGAAAUGUCAGUUCAGAGAAUCGUGGAAGAUUCGCCGCAAAUUGAUUUACAAGCCGAAGCUCAACAUACAACCGGGGAAAUUGAAAAUCCUGUAAGGCAUUUAGUUAAAUUUGAACAGAUUUAUUUGUCUAAGCCGACGCACUGGGAAAAAGAUGGUGCCCCAUCGCCUAUGAUGCCUAACGAAGCUAGACUUAGAAAUUUAACAUACUCAGCGCCGCUUUAUGUAGAUAUAACUAAAACUAUUGUGAAAGACGGGGAAGAGCCAGUAGAAACUCAGCAUCAAAAAACAUUCAUAGGAAAAAUUCCAAUUAUGUUAAGAUCAAAAUAUUGUUUACUUGCUGGAUUGUCGGAUCGUGAUUUAACAGAAUUGAACGAAUGUCCAUUGGAUCCUGGCGGAUAUUUCAUUAUUAAUGGGUCGGAAAAGGUAUUAAUCGCACAAGAGAAAAUGGCAACAAAUACGGUAUAUGUUUUUAGUAUGAAAGAUGGUAAAUACGCUUACAAGUCUGAAAUAAGAUCAUGCUUGGAACAUAGUUCUCGACCUACUUCUACACUAUGGAUUAACAUGAUGGCUAAGAGUAGUGCAAAUAUUAAAAAAUCAGCAAUCGGUCAACGAAUUGUCGCUGUUCUUCCUUAUAUUAUCCAAGAGAUUCCUAUUAUGAUUGUAUUUAGAGCGCUUGGAUUUGUUGCUGAUCGGGAUAUCUUGGAGCAUAUUAUUUAUGAUUUUGAUGAUCCAGAAAUGAUGGAAAUGGUAAAGCCAUCGUUGGACGAAGCUUUUGUAAUUCAGGAGCAGAAUGUUGCAUUGAACUUUAUUGGCACACGUGGUGCAAGACCGGGUGUAACAAAAGAUAAGCGUAUCAAGUAUGCCAAAGAAAUUUUACAGAAAGAAAUGUUGCCCCAUGUUGGAAUAAGUGACUUUUGUGAGACAAAGAAGGCGUAUUUCCUUGGUUAUAUGGUUCAUAGAUUACUCUCCGCGUCUCUUGGACGCAGAGAACUAGACGAUCGCGAUCAUUACGGAAAUAAACGGCUCGAUUUAGCAGGUCCUCUAUUGGCCUUCUUGUUUCGUGGUUUAUUUAAGAAUUUGAUGAAAGAAGUUCGAAUGUACGCCCAGAAAUUCAUAGACAGGGGAAAAGAUUUUAAUCUCGAGCUUGCAAUUAAAACAAAAAUUAUAACAGACGGUUUGAGAUAUUCGUUGGCUACAGGAAAUUGGGGCGAUCAGAAAAAGGCUCAUCAGGCCAGAGCCGGAGUGUCCCAGGUAUUAAACAGACUGACUUUCGCUUCAACUUUAUCGCAUUUAAGGAGAGUCAAUUCACCUAUCGGUCGAGACGGCAAGCUAGCCAAGCCUCGUCAACUUCACAAUACCCUUUGGGGAAUGUUGUGUCCUGCUGAGACACCGGAAGGUGCUGCCGUAGGUUUGGUUAAGAAUUUAGCCCUUAUGGCCUACAUUAGCGUUGGCUCACAACCAUCACCAAUUCUUGAAUUCUUGGAGGAGUGGUCUAUGGAAAAUUUGGAAGAGAUCGCCCCAAGCGCUAUUGCCGAUGCGACAAAAAUCUUUGUCAAUGGUUGUUGGGUUGGCAUACACAGGGAUCCCGAUCAGCUCAUGGCGACGCUUAGAAAAUUGAGAAGACAAAUGGACAUUAUCGUGUCAGAGGUAUCGAUGAUCAGAGAUAUUCGGGAUCGUGAAAUCAGGAUAUAUACGGAUGCUGGUAGAAUCAGUAGGCCGCUGCUGAUCGUCGAAAAUCAAACGCUUUUACUUAAAAAGCGUCACAUCGAUAUGCUGAAAGACCGAGAUUAUAAUAACGAUGGGUGGCAGGAGCUGGUAGCUAGUGGAGUGGUCGAGUAUAUCGACACGCUUGAAGAAGAAACUGUAAUGAUUGCAAUGUCGCCCGAUGAUUUAAGACAGGAGAAAGAGUACGCAUAUUGUACAACUUAUACUCAUUGCGAAAUUCAUCCUGCCAUGAUUUUGGGAGUAUGUGCUUCCAUUAUUCCAUUUCCCGAUCACAAUCAGAGUCCUAGAAAUACCUAUCAGAGUGCUAUGGGUAAACAAGCAAUGGGUGUCUACAUAACUAAUUUUCAUGUGCGAAUGGACACGCUUGCGCACGUGCUCUAUUAUCCUCACAAGCCGCUUGUAACGACGAGAUCGAUGGAAUAUCUUAGAUUCAGAGAAUUACCCGCUGGUAUUAAUAGCAUCGUUGCAAUUUUGUGCUACACUGGCUAUAAUCAAGAGGACAGCGUUAUCCUUAAUGCAAGCGCCGUAGAGCGAGGAUUUUUCAGAUCGGUCUUUUAUCGCUCUUACAAGGACUCGGAAACAAAAAAAUUUGGAGAUCAAGAGGAACAGUUUGAGAAACCAUCUCGGCAGACCUGCCAGGGUAUGCGUAACGCUUUGUAUGAUAAAUUGGACGACGAUGGCAUAAUUGCUCCUGGAAUACGAGUCUCGGGUGAUGAUGUCGUAAUUGGAAAAACGAUGACCUUACCCGAAAACGAUGACGAGCUGGACAGCACGACAAAGCGCUUCACGAAACGCGAUGCCUCGACGUUUCUUCGUAACAGUGAGACCGGUAUCGUGGAUCAAGUUAUGCUAACACUGAAUAGCGAAGGUUAUAAGUUCUGCAAAAUUCGUGUGCGCAGCGUGAGAAUCCCUCAGAUCGGCGACAAGUUCGCCUCGCGACAUGGUCAGAAGGGAACGUGCGGCAUUCAGUACCGGCAAGAGGAUAUGCCUUUCUCUUGCGAAGGCCUCACGCCCGACAUUAUCAUUAAUCCUCACGCUAUUCCCUCCCGUAUGACCAUUGGUCACUUGAUCGAAUGCAUUCAGGGAAAGGUUUCAUCUAAUAAAGGUGAGAUCGGCGAUGCGACACCGUUCAACGAUGCCGUCAAUGUGCAGAAGAUCUCGACUCUGCUGAUGGAAUACGGCUAUCAAUUGAGAGGGAACGAAGUCAUGUAUAACGGCCACACGGGGCGCAAAAUUAAUGCUCAAGUUUUUUUGGGCCCCACUUACUAUCAACGUCUUAAGCACAUGGUGGACGAUAAAAUUCACAGUAGAGCUAGAGGGCCGGUGCAGAUACUCGUAAGACAACCGAUGGAGGGUAGGGCCAGAGACGGAGGCUUGCGAUUUGGAGAAAUGGAACGUGAUUGUCAAAUAAGUCAUGGAGCUGCUCAAUUUUUGCGAGAACGAUUAUUCGAGGUUUCUGAUCCUUAUAGAAUUCACGUAUGCAAUUUUUGUGGUUUAAUUGCUAUAGCCAAUCUUAGGAACAACACAUUUGAAUGUAAAGGAUGCAAAAACAAAACUCAAAUAUCUCAAAUCCGAUUACCUUAUGCUGCAAAACUUCUGUUUCAAGAACUCAUGGCAAUGAAUAUUGCACCUAGACUUAUGGUUACUUAAAUCAAGAUUUAUAUCUUUGUAUAAUUUUUGUAAUUAUUUUUAAAAACUAAAACUUUGUAAUGAUUUAUAAUCGUAGAUCUUAAGAAAUGCAGCGACUUUUGAUUAAAUAAAUGUCACUAUUAUUUCCGA